AGUCAGCUGACUGACUGACUGACUGACUACUUGAUGUGUGGCGCACGUGGAGUGGUGGAAACCUAGCCAACCUCACCCUUUCAACACAAACAGACCCGCUCUUGGCGCCACUGGGUGUGCCACGCCAGACCCACUCAGACCAAUCGAAGAACAUGGAUGGCGUGGAUGAACUCGAGAAGGGUGAUCCCAACAUUAACUUUGUGCCUUGUCUCAAAUGGAUUCGCCGAGGCAUGGCCCAAGCCCAACCCGAAAAGCUGAAAUUGUCGCCCGAGGAAUUGGCCGAAGUGAUUGCUCAAACGCAAGCUCAAAUCACGGGGAUGGAAAAUCAGAACCAAGACGAGGAUGACGACGAUGUCGAGGAUGACCAGGAUGACGAGAAUGAGGAUGAGGCAGACGACCAAAGUGUCGAGAAUACCCAAGAUACUGAUUCCGCCCCUCAGCAUCCUCCGCUCAACGAAGACGAACGCAUCGCCCAAGAGUACGCCAUGGAUGAUUAUGAUCAAGAGGACCCGGAUGACAAUGCGGGUAGUCUUGGCUUAGGGCGUUUGGUCACAUUCGCUGAUCCACGGCAAGACCCAUAUCUCCAAGAUCCCGACCUAGAUGAUGAUGAUAGCGAUGUUGAGGACAUGAUCAUCAAGCCCACCGACAAUCUGUUGGCCGUCGGUCACAUCGAAGGCGACGCACCCACCCUUGAAAUAUACGUUUACAAUGAUGUGGAAGACGCUUUCUACGUGCAUCACGAUGUACUCUUGCCCUCGUUUCCCUUGGCCUUGGAGUGGCUGAGUUAUGAUCCCGGCGAAGAGACCGGUGGUAAUUUCAUGGCGGUGGGCACCAUGGAGCCCGUGAUUGAUGUAUGGGAUUUGGACGUCGUGGAUGGGCUCGAACCCGCUUAUCGUUUGGGUCAGAAAGGCCAGAAGAAGAAGAAGAUCAAAGCGGUGGGACAUAAAGAUGCGGUGCUCGCUUUAGCUUGGAAUCAUCAUGUCGAGUACAUAUUGGCUAGUGGCAGCGUCGAUCAAAGUGUCUUGCUUUGGGAUUUGAGCGGCGGUCAGGUCAAACAUCAACUCAAUGCCCAUAUGGAGAAAGUCCAAGCUUUACAAUGGCAUCCGUUUGAGUCCAAUAACUUGCUAACUGGUUGUUGCGAUAAAAAAGCUCGCGUGUUCGAUUGCCGUGGGUCCGAAUUUAAAGCUUGGCAAGUUGAAGGUGAAGUCGAGAAAGUAGUAUGGAACCAUUUCAAUCCAUUCACAUUUUUAGUAGCCACAGAUACUGGUUACGUACAAAUGAUCGAUGUCCGCCAGGAGAAGGCCCCCAUUUGGACGUUGCAGGCGCAUUCCGAGGGUGUCAAUGGCUUGAGCCUGUCAACUCAAUGUCCGGAUAUGAUGGUGACCGUGUCCAGUGAUCGGACCAUGAAGGUCUGGGACAUUGCCAAUCACAAACCAGGUUGCGUGCAAGAGCGAGCCAUGGCGUUGGGACAAAUCCAUUGCCUGGAAAAUUGCCCGGACGCUCCGUUUGUUAUGUGCAUGGGCGGGGACGAACCAUCCAACAAUUUGAAGGUCUUGGACAUUCGAGAAUCGGCAUCUGUUCGACAUCGGUUCGGGGAACGCAAAUUGACCAAUCCAUUAAAGACCUCUAAUUUUGGCUACAGUACUAUUAAUGAAGCCGAACCCGAUCCCAGCCCAGAGACUACGGUCGACGCCGAGAUGGCCAGUGAUGCCUUAGAAGCUAUGGCUUUGGAGACCGAGAGCAUAACCGUGAUCCAGCCCCCGGUCGUGAGCGGUGGAGCCGUGGGCAAAUUCAAGAAGAAAGAAAAAAAGAAAAACAAAAAGAAAAAAGAGUUUUGAAUUUAGACCUCGUAAUAUGUCAUCUUAUGUUUGCGAUAAUUAUAAUCGGAAAAAGUGA